GAUCUGGAGAAGAAUGAAAGUAGUACCAGCUGUGAUUGUUGUCAUCUGAAACUGAGAAACAGUCUCGUCUCUGCUAUGGAUGAUGAUGAUGAUGAUGAUUGGAUGGUGUGGGUGUUUGUAUGUCCAUAUUGGUGUGGCGGUGAAUGUGACAUAAGCGGUGAACCAUCAUUAUUAUUAUCAUCAUCAUCAUCAUCAUCAACUGUUGAUGGAUUGUUUGAUGACUGA